GCACGCUUCAAAUCUAUGAAGGGGAUGAAUAGUAUGUCUGAUCUGUGGCUAAAAGGAUUAUUUCAACACUUAAAAACAAGGAGAAUUUGAAUUUAAAGCAAAAAAAAGCCAGAGGUUUUGCUCUAAAACUUUGACAGAUGCGUAGGGCCUGAACAUCGUUCGAAAACGAUCGGUUAUUCUUUUGUUUAUGUCGUGCGAAGGUGUACACUAUUCGGUCAUUUCACGAACGAAUUGUACAUAUUCAGUGCUUUGUUAAAUUAUCGUCGCUUUGCUAUUUUGUUUUAUUUUAUUGCCUAAUUUCUUUAGCCUCGGGUAAAAAAACAAAACUUGGCGCGUUUAUGGACUGUAUUCAACGUUUGUAAAAUUUUGAAGUUGUUUGAAAAUCAACCCACUUUCUUCAUUUCCGUUGUUUGUGCGUUCGUUUAAGCACAGAACGAUUACUACCGCUGUUAGACGACGAUUCAAAAUGACAUCAAGCACAGGAAGCUGUCAUGGGACUCGCUAUGGUGUUGUAGUUUGCGAUAACCACGAAAAGUGGGGUGGCGCGUCAUCGAUAGGAAAGCGAUAUGUCGACAUCUUCAAAAGCAAGAAUGAGGACGAGGAUUGGCAUAUUUUCGCUGCUAUUGAAGGCGAAGUACCUUCCAAAGAGGAUUUGGAUACAUUUGACGCCUUUUUUAUCACGGGAAGUCCCCAUUCUGCAAACGAUGAUAUCAAGUGGAUCAAUGAUUUGAAGGAAUUUAUUUCUUCUUCAGUGAAUUCAUCCAAGGUUCGCAUCGUAGGUGUUUGCUUCGGCCAUCAAUUAAUUGGAGCCGCUCUGGGUGGUAAAGUCACGGUAAAUCCAUCGCAAAAAUUCGUCCUGCAGAGCGAAGAAGUCAAAACAGAUAAGAAUUUUCGAGGAAAUAAAGCAAUAAAGGAACUAAUCGAAAGCCUUAAUGGUCCUCUUCGCUUGUUGGAGUGCCAUGGUGAAUGUGUAGCGACUCUACCCCCCGGAGCUACAAAUCUGGCUGAAUCAGCAACCUGCCAUCAUGAAAUGAUCCAAUUUACUGAGAACAUUUUUGGGAUCCAAGCGCAUCCAGAAUUUACUGUGCAAGAUUAUAAAGAUCAUCUGAUUCCUGAUUUGUUCCGUAAAGGCAGACUCGACGAGAAUGGAAAGAAACUUUGCGAGGAGUCUCUUCUUCUACCUCUUGAUUCAUCCAAGAUGGCGGCUGCCUUGAAGAAGUUUCUCUCUAAAGGGGAUUCUUAACAUGUUGGUGACAGAGCUCUGCAAAUCGAGAGAAAAUGAUUGCAUAGUCAGCCAUUUUUGUGGUGUAGGCAAUAGAAUAUUGCUGCAAACAUCUUUAAAGGGGACUAAGGUACAUGUAUGUGAACUAUCAGGAGUGAAUGUAAAUUUCUCGACACAUUUUGAAAAUUCUAAUCAGGAUCUGAAAAGUAAAUCAUCAGCAAAAGAUCGAACAUGUAUUUUUGAAUCCAGGGGUUAAGGUUCUGUAGUUAAGUAUGUGGGCUACUUGGAACAUUUCUGUAAGGGUAAGUACAAUAUGUAAAUCACACUUUUGGACCACUUCCUUCCGAAACGACUACUGUGGUUUUAACAAGAAAGAAAUUGUUCCCUUGUUUAAUGUUUUACGACUUUUCUAAUUUAACCAGCCUGUUGUGUGAUGCUGGCCAGGAUUGGGUUUUUUUUUUUCACUUGCUGUACAGUACUACUUUACAAUGUAUUAAGUGACAUUCUAGCUAGGUAUGUCACGCACGUGUUAGCCCUCGGUUUUUGUUUUUAUUUUUUUGUUUUGUUUCUUUUUUUACUGUGCUCCAAACCAAUUGAAUUCCACCUCUGGUUUUUUUACUUGGCAAGGUUCCUUAUGCAAUUUUCAACCACAAUGAAAAAUUAUUUAGCUUUGAGUAGGCCUCAGUGCAUAUAGUGACAGUGAAAAUGGAUCUAGAGAAGUUAAAUAAAGUGGAUUGGGUUUUUCGAACCCCAAACAAAAUAUUUAAAAGGAGCUAACAACACACUUGGACCUUGUGAGCUAGACAUCUCUGGGACAUUCAUCCUAAACUAGCUUGGAUUAAUUGAAAGUACUCAGAGUGUCAACUUGGCUGAUUGGUCUGAUGUACAUCACUCACUGGGUUAUACUUUGUGCUUACCUCGGCAAUUUCAAGUUUUUAAAGUUAUGAUGCUAGUCCAAGAUUUUUUGAUAAUCGUAGUAUUGAUAGUGUAGUAUUUUAAUUAUUUUGAGUCUUCCAGAGUGUUCCUGGAUUUAGUUCAUUGUGAGUGCAGACCAGCAGUCUGGUACUGACUAAGAAUUUCAACAAUUUUAGAUGUGGUGUUGGGAGUAUGGAGUAUUGUCAAGGGUAUGGGUGUGUGUGUGUGUGUGUGUUUGUGUGGCUUUUUUUUUAUAAAGCUUCAGUAGAAUUAUUCAAGACUAGGCUAAAGUGCCAGUAAUUCAAUCAAUACUUUGGUAGAUUAUCAACAGUAGAUUUAGACCUAUUGUCAUUCAAAGGGUGUAAACAUAAAAUAUCGUAAGGGUGAAAGUGUAGGUACUGAGCUGGCAAAUAUUUUUCAAUCCUCAGUCUUUAAUCAGGUGUUGGGUAUUUUUCUAAUAAAUAUUCCAAGACAACAAGCCUCUAUUUUGAUAAAGUGCUAACUUAAUAAAAGUUUCUCAUCAA